UUUUUUUAAGGAAAAAAAAAAGACUCUCUUUCCCACGAUUAAUCAUUAUUACAUAAAACAAGACAUCAAUGUUAAUGUGUAUAAUAAUAAUAAGCGUGUAUAUACAUGUAUACUGCUAUAGAGAAGAGAUAAACAACUACCAAGAUAUAAUAAUAUUACGCGUCGUAGCUGUAUACUUUUUUUUUGUUUUUUUAGUGUUGCGUAAACGUGUGGGGGAAAGAAGGGACCCGAGUUAUGUUGUUAUUAAUGACAACCGCGGAAUUGAUAUUCUAUUACUAUUUUGUCUACAAAUUUUACUAUGUAGUAGUAGUAGUAGUAGUAAUAAGAAAAAAAAAAUUUUUUUUUAUUUUAAUUACAAACUCAGCUAUCAUUAUUUUGACCUGUCAUUAAAUUUUAAAGAGAUAAGAAAAGUAGGUAUUGUUUUAUUAUGAAUAAUAAAAUGUUUUAGCCUAAUAAAAAUACACAUACAUACAUAUAUAUAUAUUUGAAGGAAAAGGGAAGUCUAUAAUAAUAAGAAAUAAUAAUAGUAA